GGACAGCCCCCUGAAAGUAAUGAUAAUGAGGUUGAUGGUGACGACCCACUCACCUGCUGAAGCGAAAGGCAAACAAUGCAUUAAAAAGCAAAAACAUCCUCAUAAUGGUAAUAAUGAUACUGAUUAUGAUGAUGGCAAUGACGAUGAUGAUGUUGAUAAAUGACACUGAUGAUGAUGAUGAUGAUGAUGAUGAUGAUGAUAACUAUGAUGAUGAUGAUAACAAUGAUGAUGAUGAUGACGCACCAAAGAUGAUGCACAAUGAUAAUGAUGAUGAUGAUAGUGUCAGUAAUGCUUUUGCUGCUACUGCUGCUGCUGAUGAUGAUGAUGAUGAUGAUGAUGAUGAUGAUGCUGAUGAUGAUGAUGAAGAUGAUGAUGAUGAUGAUGACGCACCAAUGAAGAGCGUUGCUGCUGCUGCUGCUGCUGAUGUCAAUAACGCUGCUGUUGUUGUCAAUAACGCUGCUGAUAUCAAUAACGCUGCUGCUGUUCCUUUGAGUCAUGGUUGACAACAGUGAUGAUGGAGAAAUGAUGAUGGCAAUGACGAACAGCCCUGAUGAUGAUGAGGAAACACCACCAUGUUCCUUUGAG